AUGGGCUGUUUUUGCAGUAGAGGUCGCGAGAAGGCGAAAGCCGAGCUGCCCACUGCGAUCCCCGCUCAACCACCCAUUUAUGAGGCCGGAUCUGCCAAGAAGAGUGGCAUCGGCAGAGACGGCGGCAUGGCUAUUCUUGCUGGUGCAGGCGCUGCCGUAGUGGCCACCGCUGCAGUGGCCACGGUUUUGGACAGUACUGAUGGUGGCGGAGGCGGCGGUACAGAUGAAGGAGCUUCUCGUAAUGGAGGAGGUUGCUGUCGAUGGUGCGGCGGCGGAGGGUGUGGGGUAGGGGGCACGGGGGGAGGGUGCGGGGGAGGAGGAUGCGGCGGCGGUUGCGGGGGUUGA